UUUUUUUUUUUAAAUAAUCUUGAACACAAAAAAUAAUUUUAUUCUUUUAUUGAUACUAAUUUACUUCAUUAUUUAAAAUUAUUAACUCUUUUUUAGUUCGAAUAAUUUAUCUUUUGACCAUUUGAUUCGUUCUUUUGCUUGAAAGCGUCACAUUUAGAGCCGUUCUUUCCAUUAUUAAUUGUUUUUCUUUAAAAAACAAAGCAUAAACAAAUACUUUAUCACAUUUAAUCUAUUUUUACAUUUUGGAACGCGUUACGGAUACUUUUUUUACGCGACUUUUGACAUUUAAUAUAUAUAUUAUAUUUUCUUUUCAUUCUAGUCAAAUUAAGUCAUCAAAAAUUUCCAUUAGAAACUUAUGGGUUGUUGUUCCUCAAGAAAUGAUGAUGAUUCUCUCAGGCAAGAAGGGGCCGAUGGUAACCCUAUUCCUAGAGGAGGUAAUAGGCCACUCAUUAAAAAAGGCAUAACAUGGACAGCGGAUUCUCCAAUAACUAUAUAUAAUUUAAAACGACAACGUGACGCGUUUUGGGAUACUGCACCUAGUUAUGAAGGUCGUUUGGAAAUUUGGCAAGCUCUUCGAUGUUCAUGUGAAUCAGAAGAUUUGACUUUAUCUCAAGCUAUUAUUGAUUCUGCAAAUAUUACUAUACCAACGGGAAAUUUAUCUGAUGGUUGUUAUGAUGAACUUGGAAAUAGAUAUGUUAUACCCAUAUAUUGUAUCGUUGAUCCGACAAAUCUUAUUACGGACAAUAAUUAUGAUGAAGGUACAUCACAACGUGUUGAAAACCUUGAUACUAAAUUACUUGCUGAACAAGAAAUUGUUGGUCCAGGACACACUUUUACAAUAAGAUUAUCAACAAGUACAAGAGAUGUUAAAAUUAAUUAUAAUCCAAAAUUGGAUACUAUUGCUACUUUAAAAGUAAAAUUAUGUACGGACCAAAAUAUUGAUAUUAAAAGGUUCAAUAUUAGAUUUUUCUUUUUAGGUCGUAUGUUUGAUGAUAGAACGAAAUUACAUGAUAUUUCACUCGAGGAUGGUCAAAUAUUACAAACUUUUAUUUCUGAAAAAAUUUAAAUUAUCAAUAAUAUCAUUUCACAUAAAAAAAAAGUGUAACAAACAAAAUAUCACAGUACAAAAACACAAUAUGUUUAGCAAAAAGGGUUAAUUUAUUUCUUAUCUAAUUAUAGGAGUUAUUUAAAUAACUCUAAAAUCUCACGUAAAAAA